UGUUGCCGCUACAAGCCUAAGGUUCAUCCCGCUGUGCGCCUUUGUAUCGACUGUAAAUAAACUGGACAGAGACAGUACAGAGCGGGUUCACUAUGGUUUUACUGGCGCGCAGCAGGACAUGUCUAAAGAGCUGCUCUAUGGGGACGCUAUGUUUGCAGUUGUUGCUGUGGAUUUUAUGCGCCGUCAAUGGAGAGGAGCAGCCGUUCAGUGUCGAGGCAUGGCUGCAGAGGUAUGGGUACCUCCCUCCUGCAGACCCCAGGAUGUCAGUGCUGCGCUCGGCCAGAGUCAUGCACUCGGCUAUCGCUGCCAUGCAGCGCCGCUACGGCCUCAACGUCACAGGGAGUCUGGACAGCACCACCAUGGAGUGGAUGAGGAAGCCCAGAUGUGGGGUCCCGGACCAGAUAGGGGGGUCAUCUCGAUUUAACGUCAGGAAAAAGCGGUACGCCCUCACGGGACAGAAGUGGCAACAUAAACAUAUCACAUACAGCAUAAAAAACGUCACCCCCAAAGUUGGCGCAGAGGAGACCCACGACGCCAUCAGACGAGCGUUCGACGUGUGGCAGAAUGUUACUCCGCUGCGCUUCGAGGCCGUGCCCUACAGCGAACUGGAGCGCAGCAAGAAGGACGUGGACAUCACCAUCAUCUUCGCCUCAGGUUUCCACGGCGACAGCUCACCUUUCGACGGCGAGGGCGGCUUCCUGGCACACGCAUAUUUCCCCGGGCCUGGAAUUGGAGGCGACACCCAUUUUGAUUCGGACGAGCCGUGGACGCUGGGAAACCCCAAUCAUGACGGUAAUGAUCUGUUCCUGGUUGCUGUUCACGAACUUGGUCACGCGCUGGGGCUGGAGCACUCCAAUGACCCCACGGCAAUCAUGGCGCCUUUCUACCAGUACAUGGAUACAGACAACUUCAAACUGCCCAUGGACGACCUGCUGGGAAUACAGAAGAUCUACGGCCCACCAGAUAAGCUUCCCCAGCCGACCAAGCCUUUGCCUACAGCUCCCCCACCUCGCUCCCAUCCACCAUCGGACCCCCGCAAACCGGACAGACAGACCAGGCCCCCCAGGCUGCCCCCGCCAUCCCACCCCAACGCCAAACCCAACAUCUGCGAGGGGGGAUUCAACACCCUCGCCAUCCUUCGAAGAGAAAUGUUCGUCUUCAAGGACCACUGGUUUUGGCGUGUGAGGGACAAGAUGGUGAUGCCCGGGUACCCCAUGCUCAUCAGUGUGUUCUGGAGAGGCCUGCCUCCAAAGAUCGAUGCUGUGUACGAGAACAGCGACGGGAAGUUUGUCUUUUUUAAAGGGAAGCAGUACUGGGUUUUCAAGGACACAGUGCUCCAGGCUGGGUACCCGAAGGACAUUUCUCGUCUCUUCGGACAUGGAAUGCCCGCUCAGAGCAUCGAGGCGGCCGUGUGGUGGGAGGACGUGGCCAAGACUUACUUCUUCAAAGGGGACAGGUAUUGGCGCUACAAUGAAGAGAUAAGUACCAUGGACCCCGGGUAUCCCAAAUCCAUAUCGGUGUGGAGGGGCGUGCCAGACUCUCCACAGGGGGCAUUCGUGGACAAAGCCAAUGGUUUCACAUACUUCUACAAAGGCAAGGAGUAUUGGAAAUUCAACAACCAUUUUCUCCGGGUUGAACCAGGAUACCCCCGCUCCAUCCUCAAAGACUUUAUGGGCUGCGAACUGAUGCCCAUCGACCCCAACCGCCAACCCAACGAUGACGGCAACUCGGAUGUCAUAAUCGAACUGGAGAACGAAGCUAGCACGGUCAAGGCCAUCGCUAUCAUCAUCCCAUGUGUCCUGGCGCUGUGUCUACUCGUCCUGGUUUAUACUGUGGUCCACUUCAAACGCAAGGGCACGCCGAGACACAUACUGUACUGCAAACGCUCCAUGCAGGAGUGGGUCUGACCUGGGACAAAAAGGACAAAUUGCGAAGGGGUAAAAAAGACAGCGCCACUCGGAGGACGGUGGUGUUUUCUACUCUUGAGACGAAAAGAGGAGGACUUGAAAAUGGACGGUGCUGAAGUGACCGCGUGUCCUCUUUUUGUAGAAUCGGGUGAGUUCAGGUUGACGGACUGCGCUGAAUCCUGGCCUUUUGAACAACAGGGAAAGCGCUCGGAAUAUUUGCCUAAAAAGACCCCCGCAAAGAAAAACUAAGGGGGUCCGCAUCACUUUGUAACUCGGAAACUUGACUUCCUACAUCCCCUUCCUCAUUAUUUUUAAUUAUUUUAAUAUUUUGGUUUCAUUUUACGCCCAACUUGCUCUUAAUCAGAUUUUCAGGGGGACACACACUCUUCCCAUUAUCUGCAAUGGCAUCACUCUAUCAGGUCGUUGAUUUAAAAAAACAAAACAAAAAAAAAACUAUUUUGUAUUUUACGGACCCCAAUGUUUUUAAUUUGACUUUUUUAAAAUAAGGUCCUCAUUGUCCCUUUAAAAUAACUGAGGAAGAGGCCGAACAAACCAAAAAAAAUCGACUUUCUCUCCAAAGAGGAUCACAUUUUUAUGGUUUUAAUCCUUAUUUUAUUGACAUUAACUUUUUGUCCCUCCUCUGGAUCCUUACAGUGAUUAAGAGUCAGGGAGCUGUGACUGUUGUGGCAGUCUGUUGGUGAUACAGGGGCCAAAUUAUUCUGCAAUAUUUUAACUCGCCUUAAUUAUGAAUCAUACGAGUUUGUGCUUGGUUUUGCCGUUUUUUGGUGUUGUUGUUAUUUUUUAUUUGUAUACUUUUUUCUUUGUUUGUAAAAAGGAGCAACUGAGCUUCUUGUGAUUUCUGGAUUUACUACGUUACCCAGAAUCCUCGGCACUGGCUUGCUGAGCUCCUCUGGGCCUUGAAUAUUACAGUAGGGUCAGCCUGUAUUGAGAGUAAUGUAUCGUGAAGGAAAAGUCUUGGAGUAAAGCCACUAUUUUUGUGUGUUAAGAUAUUUGUUUUUGUUAGUUAAUUAAUUUUUGGUUCAUACAUUCAUACAUUUCAACAUUGCAUCCCAAACGGUCAGCCUGUAUGGUUUGGCAUUCACAGAUUAAAUGAACAAACGCUAUUGACUGCCUUGUUUGAGGGAGUUCACAGACGCCUACAUUUCCCAGAAUGCUUUGAGGACCUAGAACAUGACACAACCAAGUCAAGAUCAGUGCCUGUGUCAAUGUGCAUGCUCGCAUCCACACUCCUCAAAAUGUCUACUAAAAAGUCCUCUGAAUAAUACUAAAUGCUGUUAUUUUUGUACACUACCUGCAGCCCAAUUACUUUAGUUAUCCAAAGGUACCAGUAAUUUUAUAAGUGAAAAUUUGCAAGUGGUACAUGUGAAAUGAUUUGGUAAAUGAAAUAAUUGGCCUUAAAUGAGAAUAAUUUGCAUACAGUGUUUUUGAAUGUGUGUCUGUCAUGAUUGCAUAUUGUAUUUUUAUUUUAUUAUUUUAUUUUAGUGUUUUCUGGUCAAAACAAAUGGGACAUCUCACAGCGACUGCUUUGUGUAAGACUAUGGGACAAACAUGUGCCCUAACAGAAUGAAUAAAUUGA